AAAUAAAAUUACGAGAAACCGAACUUGAAACGCAUAGAACAAACACGCAAUUAAGUGAUCUCCAAUGUAAGCUUGGUAAUGCUAUGAAUGAUAAUGAAAUGCUACAAAGGAAAGCAGCAGAACUUAAGAAAUUGGUUGAAAAACAAGAAAACCAAGAUAAUCAAGUAAUGGAAGAAGAAAAGGAGCUAAUUGACAAAGACAAAGAAAUAGAAAUAAGAGAACUAAGAAAGAAAUUGGCCGAUGAACGUGAGGAAAGAAAUAAAACAGGAACAAGAUUUAAACUAUUAGAACAAUUAAUUUCAAAGGCAGAAGAACAAAAAGAACAACUUUUACAAGAGCAUAAAAUUGAAAUACAAAAACUUCAACAACAACAUGAAGAAGAAAUUAAUAAUCUUUCAGCAAUGAUACAAACGCGUAUAGAAUCAUUGGAAAAGAAACAACGCGCACGAAUAAGUGAUCGUGGAGAAGCAAAGAAAAUAGCAGCUUUAGAGAAAAAGAUAAUAGAAUUGGAUAAGUUACUUCAAACAUCAGAAGCUGAACGUGAAAAAUUACAAAAUGAAAAGAAUGAAUUGGAUAAUAAAUUCCAAGAAGUAAGUGGUUUUCUUUAUGGCUAA